AUGGCACCGAAUCACCCUCUCGCCACUUCGUCAGAGAGACAUAUCUCGGAACAAAGAGAAUCAUUAUUCGAGGAAAAUAACUGGCUAUCUAUCUAUCUAUCUAUCUAUCUAUCUAUCAGUCUGUUCAUAUCUAUCUAUCUAUCUAUCUCACUCUGUUCGUAUCUAUCUAUCUAUCUUAGUCUGUUCAUAUCUAUCUAUCUUAGUCUGUUCAUAUCUAUCUAUCUUUCUAUCUAUCUAUCUAUCUAUCUAUCUAUCUAUUUCAUUGUGUUCAUAUCUAUCUAUCUCAAUCUAUUCAUAUCUAUCAAUUUCAAUCUUUUCGUAACUAUAUGUUUAUAUAUCUAUCUCAAUCUGUUUAUAUCUAUCUAUCUAUCUAUCUAUCUAUCUAUCUAUCUAUCUCAUUCACAUCUAUCUAUCUCAUUGUGUUCAUAUCUGUCUCUGUUCAUAUAUAUUGAUCUUUGUUCAUAUUUAUCUAUCUUUGUUCAUAUCUAUCUACCUAUCUAUCUACUUACCUAUCUAAGUCUGUUCAUAUCUAUCUAUCUAUUAAUCUUAUUUGUUCAUAUCUAUCUAUCUAUCUAUCUAUCUAUCUAUCUUAGUCUGUUCAUAUCUAUCUACGCCACUAGCACGCGUGGGAUUCUCUAUAUUUUUACCUUCUCUUUUCUAACAAACUUUAUCUUCUUUCUUAAUCUCUCUCUCUCUCUCUUCCUCUCUCUCUCUUUCUCUUUCUCUCUCUCUUUCUCUUUCUCUUUCUCUCUCUUUCUCUUUCUCUCUCUUUCUCUCUCUCUCUUUCUCUCUUUCUCUUUCUCUCUCUCUUUCUAUCUUUCUCUUUCUCUCUCUUUUUCUUUCUCUCUUUCUCUCUCUCUCUCUCUCUGUCUUUCUCUCUGUUAA